AUGUCGAAUCUGUCGCCGACUCCUCCAACACCAAAAGGCCCUCGUAACAACCGGCGCAACCCAAAACGAAAUGCGACGCCGACUACACAAAGGGCAACUCUGUUAACGACUCCUCCCUCGUCGCCUCCGAGGAACAUGAGCCCAGGAGGAACAGCCACUGAUUCCUCUGCCAACCUAUCCAAGAAGAAAAGUGGCCGGUCCAACAAGAAGCCACGAGAUUUAUCUAAGGCUUCACCGACGCAAAGAAACGGCCACCGCCGCACAUAUUCACAUUCUAACAAUAUCACCACGCCUCAGCUAAAAGAUAGCCCUCACUAUGCUGGCCCGACGUUCCAUGCCUCCCCAGCUCCCUCCUCCCUUCCAAUUCCGAGCUUUUUUUCAAAAUCGGUACCAGAUCCCGAUCUUGCCCCGGCAAUAGAAGCAGAUGGCGAUAAAUACGACGUUGGGCCGGGAUAUGAGGCGACGCCCUCAAAGCUGAGGCCACGCGCUCAGUUCCAAACCGAAGAGCCGCAGUCAACACCUUUGGAUUUCCUUUUUAAAGCUGCGGUUGAAGCUAGAAAUUCUCAGCCACAGUAUAGUCCCGAGGCAAGCAUCAAGAUUCGCUCCCCACAAACAGACUCCAAGACCCUGCCGCAACGCAAACCCAAUGGCUCUACAGAAGGGUCAUUGCCGUUGGGGGUAGUCUAUCCGGUACCCCAUAACUCGCAGAUAGGGCCCUCAUUUGCUACACCUUACAAAGAUCGCAUGAACGCAUUACGAUCCGCCAGUUCUCCCUCCCACUCCGUGGUAGAACUUGAUGAGGACCAACGAAGAGCCAAAACUGAGGCCCUGAAGGAUUUGUUACUCAAUCCGCGUCCUCAGAGGCCCUCGUAUGUGUCAAAAUCCUGUAGUCAAACUAACGGUGUCAACGAGCAGCCUACCCCCAUUGGCAAUGUGCCUCAUUUUGCGACUGUACUCAGGACAGCCUCUGGCCCGUCAGCAACUCUUUAUAACAACGUGCUGCCGGGGCAGAAUCAGUCAACGGUUGGGAACGGUUGGCAGUCACCAUUUUCCAAUUCAUAUACUAUUAACCCUCAGCCCUCUCAGGGUCAACCCUCAACCUCCAACAAAGGGGCUCUUUCAUCAAUCCCAGGGAACACAGCAAACGUCUCAGGAGAGAAAUGCUCUUCUCCAGUAUACAAUCAGACUAAAUUCGACAUCAAUUCCAUGCAGGGUCCAAAUCAUCCGCCAGUUCAUCAAUCACCUACGUCACGAGUUUCAAACACGUCCACCAAAGCUCUCGACACCAAGAAAAUGGAAGACGAUCUGCGGAGGAUUCUGAAGCUUGAUGUGAAUCCAGGCCUGCCGUCCAACAGUAUUCAGAGUUCAUUUGCUUAA